ACGACAAGGACUUUGACAACAGCCGUGCCCGGCCACCUGACACGAUCCUGCCAAGGGAAGCGGUUGUGCCGUUAUCUUUUGAUCGAUUCCGAACGGCCAGACAGCCGAUGGAGAAUGCUGGAGAAUGCUGCAGUGUUACUUCAGGUAAGCGGCCUGACAGCCGAUGGAGAAUGCUGCAGUGUUACUUCAGCAUCAAUGGAAAGACCACCUCCCAAUGGAAGGAAGAGGGUCGGUGCGAUGGGGCAUGCUUGAGGAGGGCUGAAGAUGCACGAUCGUGGCGUGACAGACGUCUGGGGAUGGAUUCGGACGCGAGCAAGAUGUGUGCCGCAUUUAGGGAAGAGCAUCCGGGAGACCAGUGUGAAGCAGAGCCAAGAACACCGCAGAGAGCCCAGCGUGACGAAGACCCCACUAUGCAGAGGUUUGAACAUGAUCCCAGUUUGAACACGACAAAGACUUGGACAACAGCCGUGCCUGGCCACCUGACACGAUCCUGCCAAGGGAAGCGGUUGUGCCGUUAUCUUUUGAUUGAUUCCGAACGGCCAGACAGCCGAUGGAGAAUGCUGCAGUGUUACUUCAGUAUUCCCAAAAAAUGGGUAACACCAGAACAGGGGAACCACUCGGCUCGAACUGCUGGAAAUGGCACAGAAGUGGAAGUCCUCGUCCGGAACCGGCAUCGCCACGUCCAGGUCACAGGAUAUUCAUCACCACGACCAGGGCGUCGCUCGAACUGCUGGAAAUGACACUCUCAAGGAUGUGCAUUGUAACUGGAGGUUGCAAAGAGUUUGCACCACCACACCCAGUCAUGGAUGGAAACAGAAUUUAUGAGAUGACGAGGUCAAGGAGAAGUGAGUUAGCCUUUAGGGCUGAGUGUAAGAGGCUAAAACGGCCAGCUGACAUGACCUUCCAAAGGAAAGCAAAAUUUGUGCCAUUCGAGCCUCCGAUUGAUCACCUCUACAUCCACCCAGUAGAUGUUGCAGUAUGUUAUAACAACAAAGAUAUCCAAUACAUUUCCAACUUUAAAAAUUCUAAAGUUGCCCACAGACGUGCACGGAUAAUGAAAGUCUUGUACAUCCAGGGGACGGCAGAGGUAUCCAGGGGCUCGGUACGCAUACCAAUCCUGGAACAGACUCUCUAUCUAACUGUGUGAAGCUUUCGCUCGGACUGUGAAUAUCUCGAUAACACACGUGUUUAUAUGCAUAGACGUUUUCAUCGCGUAUCGUAUUCUUAAACGCAAACACAAUUCUUAGUUCAGAUUGAAUCGCAAAGCAAGGAUUCGCGAAAGCCACGGACCAUCGCUAGACUAUUUUAUUGCCUUCGCUCAGAUCGAACUGUUGAAAAUGGAUUUGGACAAGAUGCGUACCUCUAACCCCUUCAUUUGACGAGACGUGAUACCAAUCUCACAGGCACUGGAUGACGGCAUGCUUCAGGAAUCUCUUUACGACUGAUGCCAUGUGACGACGGGGGCACAUCUUGAGGCAAGAUGACACAAUGGAUGUGGAACCCUCGGCCCCUGAACGAUUGUCGCUAUGGGAGUCAUUAGCAACAGACUUUCUCUGGUGUAGUAUUGUAUAUUCGCUACCUGUAGGCCUCUGCAGAAGGAUACGUUGUAUUUUAUCGAAAUAUCUGAUUGAAAGGUGGUUUCAUUGCAAAUCUCAAUAUCAUCCGAUGGCAAAAAGCCUCGUUCCAUUUUGUGGCCGUGACAAAAUGUCGGAACACACUUGGAACGUCUUUAAAAGACUUUCCAUCAGUCAUCGUCGGUCACUCCUCCUAGAUGAUUGUUGAUUAAGAACCAGAACCAGAUCCAAAUAAGUCAAGGUUCUGAUGUACCAGGUCAAAAUUUACUAUCGAGCUGUUAAAAGUUACUUCAUUUUUCUCCAAAAUCACCAAAUUGAUCAGAUAUUUCAAUUUUCCCAUCGAAUGAGACAUGGGGUCCACGUGAUUCUGGUUGGUUCGACCCCAGCCAACCAGAACAUGUGUUGUCUUUGAUGGAACCGUAGGCCUUAUGAACUUUCUCGAUCCAUUCAGUACCACGAAUACCUGAAUACACGAAUGCGUUUAUUCCAAUCAGCUUCCGAUACCUGAUAGUGCCGGUCUCCAUUUGGGACAGAUAUGAAAUUGGCAAACUCUAGCCUCCAUUUUAUACAAGUAUCUUAAAUUUCCUUAAACACGGUAAUUAUCCGGGUGCCUUUCAUUCUUGGUUUCAUCAAUGAUAUGAUAACAAAGGUUACCCCCAAGACCAAAACAAAUGCAAAAGAAUCGGGCAAAUUCAUUUCCAAAUUUUGAGAUUUCGUUGAAAUAUUUUGUUGAUUGAAAUUUUUCCAAAAUAUUCCAAAUUGAUGCUGGUUCCUGACCUUGCGGUCAAGUGGAAGAGGAGCUCAGUCUUUUCAUGAUAAUUAGUCCAGAAAGAUUCAUCUUGUUUCUUUCUGUGAGUUAUAAAGAUAACAAUUGCCCCAUCAAGAAGUUUCCUGUGGUACAGAAUGGGUCAAGCAAGCUGUCGCCAACAUCAACGUUAAUGUCUGACGUUUUAUGUAUUAAUUUGUUAUGUUUGUUUAAUGAUACAAUAUGUGAAAUUUACAUAUGAAAGCCAUAAUACAUGUAAAGGUGAAUUCAAAAAGUUACUUCUAUUGUUAAACUCGUCCAAAGCAACCGCUUUUGUCAUGCAAAUGAGAAGACUGAUCUGAACGCCUGCUCUAGAGGGGCCCCUUUUGUCAUGCAAAUGAGAUCACAGCACGGUCCUGUUGAUCAUGACGAAAUUGGUUCUUUUGUUAUUUAAAUAACCCACUAACCGAUGUCGUGCUGUUUCGGAUCAAUGAGGUCAAGGUUUGUGACCUGAAUACACCACAGUAGUUCACCUUACUUGCAUUUACAAUGGUUGUCGCUGCAUGCGACUCAGUUUUUGAUCAGGAAAAACAUAAAUUAUGUAGAUAUUCUAGUGGAAAAUGGUUUCCCAAACAAAAUGAACAUAAACAUAAGAUGUUUUCAACCGGACUGUGCGAGACAGCAUGUAUAACAAUGUGUCCCAAAAGUGUUGCAUGUAUCAAUGGCUCUUUGCAUUAUUUUAGAAAUUUUGAAUUUCACACUGUUUAUUGAGUUGUUCCUCGGAGUUGUCUUUUGUCUCUAUCAAACUGGCUUUGCAGGCAAGUUCCUCAUAAAGCCAAAUGUCGUUCCAAAUGAUGGGUUGCGGGUUUCCCCUGCCUUGUACCUACAUUCUAAAUUGCCCUCAUACUCUUUGCUCAGUUAUAGAAGUGUGAGGCGCCGUCCACUCAAAAAUGUAAAUAGUUUUUGUUCAGAAUAUGCUUGCAUAUUAUCGCUGUUUUGGAGAAUGAAUUGCCCUGCGGUGUCAUUGUUUUGAUAUUGUUCUGUAAAAUCUUGAUAAAUUCUUGGAAUGUACAGAUUGAUAUAAAAAAUUCA